AUGCAUCUCCCCUCCCUCCUCCCCGUCCUCCUCGCCAGCAGCGUCUGUGCCUGGCAAAGGCCCAACCAGACCGCCUCCGACGAAGCGACGUCCCUCAUCGGCAUCACGACGGUGGCGCCCGGACAAUUCGAAAGAUUCACCUACAUCAUGGACGAAACCCUCUCCUGGAUCCAGCGCAACGAGCCCGGGACGCUCCAGCUCGAGGUGUACACCCUCGCCUCACGCGCGAAUGGGACGGAGAUAUCGUUUUUUGAGAAGUCGGCUCCCAUAUACGCCAACCGCGCCGCCCGAGACACGCAUUCCAAUUCGCAGCAUUAUGCUGAGUUUAUUAAGUCGUUGACGCCGCUGUUGGUUGGGGAGCCGAUCCUGCUGUUGGGGGAUUAUGAGCAGGGGUUUUCGUUGGCUGGGGGGAAGGGGGUGGCGGUGGGCUUGGAAUGGUACUACGAAGAAAGGGAGGCUACGGCGACGACGACUUCGGAGACUUCAAUUGAUAAUAAGCCUUCUGUUACUCAGCAUCCUGCGACUGCCGUACCUAAGUCCUACAAGUCCCUCAAGUCCUGCAUAUUCUCCAAGUCCAACAAACCGCUUUUCCGCCCCCACAGCGCCACAGCUAUGAGUGCCUUUCUGACGAACACCGUGCCUGAGAUCUUUGCCACGGAUGCCGACUGCUCGACGGCCAACGUCGCACUUGCGGCAUUUUUUCUCCGCUCAAUCAUUGCGCCUCGUCGUCUGCAGACCGUGACUGGAGUCUUUGAAGAGCUGCCCCUUUUCUACUUUAAAACCACUGGCACACAGUCGUCCUUGCAGCACAUUACCCUCGCUUGUGCAUCGGCAGCUUAUGGCAUCCGCCACAACUUGCCCGCCGCCCUGGCAAUUGGGCGCUCGGCGUACGACGCUGCUAUUGCACAGCUGUCCGGGGAUUUGGCGACGUUCUCGGAUCGCUCUGCACCUGGUGCUGCUAUUCUCAAUGUUGUCCUGUGCAACUUCUACGAGGCUUGUAUUCCCCAGAGGGCCACACGGCCGGCCUCUACAAGCUCUUUCAUGAUGUGUCUCAAAGACAAUCGCCGUUUCCGCAACAUACACGAGAAAGGCUUGGUUGGUCUGAUCCGCAGCUGUGGAGCAGUAAGCUUCUCUCCGGACUCUGCUGAUGGCCGUCUGUUUGAGGCUGCCCGACACUAUAUCGCGAACGACUGUCUCGAGUCUGGGAUAUCAGCAUCUGAAGCUCUCGGGCAGGCUGUCCCGACUCUGGACAGGGAUGAUGACGACUUCUGCCGUCUCCUGACAAGCUGCGUGAUCCGAGCUGCUGACGCUGCUGCAGCGACAUCCAAACUGGACAGUCAUUUCACCCGGGAGGAACUGCUUGAUGGUCUCCAACGGAUUCAAACAGUCGAGCAAGACCUUGAACGGUGGACAAAAUGCGUGCCCGAACACUGGAAUUUCACAAAGCAUUGCAACUUCUCUUGGCCAGCCCAGUACGCCUGCGAAAACAGAUGUGAUGCGUACUACGACAUACAAGUGGCCUCCAAUUGGAACUGUUACAGACGAGCGCGGUUGAUCCUGUUGGAAAGAACCAUUGGUCUGAUCGACAUCCUCAGCAUCUUAGACCGUGAAGAUCGCACGGCGAUGAGGCAUGCUUCACUGAAAGCAAUAGCCCAGAUUUCGGAAGACGUCUGCGCGAGUCUCCCCUUUCAUUUAGGCACACGAGACCCAACGAGCGAGCAUAUCUCAUUCCCCGUAUCCCCUGACAACGAAGGUGAUGCUGUCCGCAAUCAGACUGCUGGAAUACAUGGCUGGUUUUUAAUCGUUCUUCCGAUCUGUCGACUUAUGAAGACAACGCACAUCCCCAUUGCUCACACAGCCUGGAUCACGGCGCAGCAUCGGCGAAUAUGUGCCAUCGUGGGUCACAAACAUGGCAUAUCGGAGGACAGUACAUCUGAAAUCUUGGAAACUGCAGUACCCGCUUUUGCAUCUGCUCUGCCCAUUAAUUCUAGUCACAUUGAGUGA